AUGCCCAGGAAAGGGAACAGAAAACGGCUGAAGUAUCGGGCCGAUGAUGUGAGCUCCCACAGAGUUACUGUGGCAGAUUAUGCAAAUUCAAAUCCAAAAGUUGUAAAGUCUGGAAGAAUAAAAAAGGCGGUGGCCAAUGCUGUUCAAAAAGAAGUGAAAGCACUUUGUGGUCUUGAAGCUUCGCAAGUGCCUACUGAAGAUGGGUUAUCUAUAUUAUCAGAGAAUGGACAACAUUAUGGAAGCAGUGAUGAACUGGAGGAUAGUGAAAAUCAAAAUGGUACUUCUUCUAGGAAAAAGAAAAGUAGAAAUCAUAAAGCUGUAGAUGACAGAACUGGAGGUGUCUAUCCUAUCGACAUUUGGCAUGUCCUUGCCAACUACAUAAGACCUGAAGAUGUUUUGACAUUUGCUCUUAUUUGUAAGAAAGCUUGGACCGUUACUUGCACUGCUGUCUUUUGGAUGAGAUUGUACAAAAGACAUUACAGAACGAGCGCCUACCUUCCCGUUCGUCUUCUUCCAGAGUGUAUGUACAGGCUGAGAUCUUUACGUGCAUGUGUUAUCCGUUCCUUGUAUCACAUGUACGAGCCGUUUAGUUCAAGAGUUUCUAAAAAUCCAGCAUUACCCGAGUCAACACCUAGCACUUUAUUGAAUUCUAAAUGUUUACUCUUCUGUUGUAAAAAAGUAACUGGAAGCAGGCCUGAGCCCUUGUGGGAGUUUUACUUCAAAUUUAAGAAGCCGCCUCUAAAACAGAAGAAUCAUUGUAUUAAUUAUCUGCAGCCUCCAACAGAGUACAAAGAAGUCCAUUAUAACCCAGACCAAGACUGUUGCCUACUUCAGAUUACUACCCUUAACUUUAUCUUCAUCCCUGUGGUCAUGGGUAUGACACUGACUUUUCUCACAAUAAACGUCAGUACUGACAUGAGACAUCAUCGUGUGCGACUGGUCUUCCAAGACUGUCCUAUGUUAAAUGGCAAGAAGCCUCGUGGGGAACAAGGCAUACAAAUAGUUCUGGAUCCUGUUCAUUGCGUCCAUCUUCUUGAAUGGUGGCAUCCCAAAUAUCCUUUCUCAAUAAAAGCUUAG